AUGAUCUUGUUGACUUUACAGACAGCUUUCAUACCGCAAGCUUCACAAAUGAGUAGCUCUCAUAAUGCAGCUGGUGUUCAUGGCUGGCAUUUCUCUUCAGCGACAUCUGACGGGAAACAGCAAGCGUGCGAAUGCGGUGUGUCGAGCGAACUACCACAACUCGGCGAUUUUCGAAAACUGUAUUCGAGACAAUGGUCCAUGUCUCCAAUUUCACUCCAGUCCAUCGAAACACUUACUUCAAGAGCAAGAUGUGGAGUAGCGAAAAUCCCAACACGCGGCGAUGCCGGUCUGACGUCAUAUCAAUCUGGAACAGAUGGCGUGAAGCUUGGAGAUUUUGAUAAACUACACUCUGCGCUUCAGGAACGAAGCCACGAAGCUAACGCCACGGUUACUCCAUCUUGUCACCUAGAAAGGAGCAGUGAGGUAUUUCCAUCAGCCAAGGAUGACAAUACGAAGCCGAACGUGGGCCUAAUAAGUCAGGGCCUUGUGAAAUCGAAAAAUCAUCUCAAAAGCCCAAGCUCUACAGCUCCAAAACCACUCACCGUCAUCGCAGCAAAAGCAACUUCGCAUAUUGGAAAGGCCCUUUCCUAUCAAUUUAAAAGUUGCGGCCCCGUAUUCUGCAUAAAAGAUAUAAGUAUUUCCUUAAAACGACAGCAUGAGUUCCCUCCGCCGUUGAUGCGACUGCGAGCUGGUGAUGCCAAGAUAAUGGCAGAGAGCCAUCAAACCGCCUCAAACGGAAUUCACGUUUUUCUGGAUAUGUCAAACAUCAAUAUCAGUUUCCAUAAUGUACUACGAGCCAGUUUCUCUAUCAACGCAAAGGCAUACUUUGUACCUCUUCCGCAAUUAAAUCUACAAUUUCUCACAGAAAUCCUUGUUCGGGGUCGGAAGGUCAUGGCCCUCAAUGCUGGCUGCUCUGUUCUUCCCCAUCGUCAACAUCCCCCUUAUAUUCGAGACCUUCAGAGCUUGGGUUAUCGCGUCGAUGUUAGGGAAAGAAAACUUGCUAGUGACUCAAAAAGGCUGCGAGGUAUGAAAGUUGGAAGUGGGGACGUGUCUUCCUCGGAUGAACUCAACACUUCUCGAAACACCAUGCGUUAUAUAGAAGAGUUGGUGGACGAGACUCUGCAGAUGCGGAUUGCAGAAUCAGUCAUGGAGUACUUUCAGAAUGAAGGAACUCUUGUCCUAGCAACAGGCGAUGCACAGCCCGCAAAAUACUCGGAUGGAUUUUUCACAUACGCCGAAAGAGCGUUGAGAAUGGGCUGGCAUGUGGAAAUCAUCUCAUGGAACACUAGUCUUUCUUCACGUUGGAAACAGCUAGGGUUUGCAGACACUUGGGGGUCUCGGUUCAGAAUCAUUGAACUAGAUGACUUCCUCGCAGAUUUGUUGUUAUAG